AUGACUCUUCUGCAGAAAGUCGGCUCCGUGUUGGCAGCUGUUGUGGUCAUUGCAUUGGGGCUGGGAUUUAUGAUUCUUACAGGUCAUAUAUUUAAAUGGCUGGAGCCUGUUGCGGAGGAUUGGGAGAACUCCAAACUUGCAUAUUUCGUCCUGAUGUUAUGCACGUUUACCGUUUCUUUUCCUCCCCUUCUUGGAUGGUCGACCAUCGGAACUGUGGCCGGGUUUAUAUUUGGUGUUUGGAAAGGAUGGCUCAUAUACGGUAUUGGAACUGUCCUUGGCUCGACUUGUUCCUUCAUCGUCUCUCGAACACUCCUCUCGUCCUUCGUCCAUCGAUUAAUGGAACAUGAUAAACGCUUUGCUGCCCUCGCACUGACUCUAAAAUACGAUGGCUUAAAAUUACUUUGUAUGAUCAGACUUUGCCCAUUGCCAUAUUCAAUAUGUAAUGGAGCCAUAUCGACUUUCCCCACAGUGCAUCCCCUCAUGUACGGCCUUGCUACUACUAUCAUAUCUCCAAAACUGUUGGUCCCGACCUUCAUCGGCAGCAGACUGCGCAUUCUAGCGCAAAACGGCGAGACGAUGAGCGCUGGCUCGAAAGCCAUCAAUAUUAUCAGCAUCUUGGUCAGCAUGGUUGUAGGUAUCUUUACUGGGUGGUAUAUAUACAGAAAUACCCUCGCGCGCUCCAAGGAGCUCGAAGCCGAAGAGCGCGCUAACAAUAAUAUCCGACGACUCGUGGCCAAUGAUGCGCACCAGCCCCAAUCGCCAGGUAUCUUCUCAGAUGAUUCGGAAGAAACCGCGGCUGCCCAGGCGCUUGACGAGGAAUCUCGCAUUGGCUUCCGAAGCGAUGGUGUUGUGCACGGUUAUGAUCUGGAUGCGGACAUUGAUGAUGACCACGUUGCCAUUGGUCCGAUCGGAUAUCAUGAUGAUUUUACGGAUAAUGAUUCUGAUGUUUUUGAUGAUGGGGAUGGGGAUGGGACUGCUGAUGCUACUGAGACGUUUAGUUUGCAUCGACAUAUAGAGUCCAAAUAG